GCAGAGGACGCUUGGUGAAAAUCCAGACAGAAAGACCUUUGUAUCAAAAAAGAGUGACUGCUAGAAGCAACAAGGCAGAGGAGAAUCAGUCCAAAACCCUUUGCAAAACCUCAAUGGAACCACGUUUUGACUAUGAAUUUGAUCAAGAACUCCGCAAGGAAGAUAUUGAAAAACGUUUGAAUUCCAAUCCAGUUGUUUUCAAACGAUGUAGACUUAAAAUGGAAAGACAUGAUCAGGCGCAUGCCAGUCCUGUCGGCGAACCAACGCUAUGCAUCAAAAUCUGUGGAAGAGAAAAUGUGGGCAGGUCCUUUCCUGGAGAUGAAGUCUGUGUAGAAAUCUUGGACAGGGAGCAUUGUCCGCAGAAAGGUGAAGUGUUAAAUGGAAAGGUGGUCGGACUAAUAAAUAGAGAUGAAAACGCCUUAAUCUUCAUCUGCAAGAUGGUGGAAGAUGACCCAAAACUUGUUGCACCUGUUAACAAACACAUGACCAGAAUACGAACAGUUCAAACUAGUCCUGACUCGGGCAUAGUUGAAAUACGAGAGUACAAGAAUGGGCGCUGGGUGAAAAAGGAAACUGAAAGGAUUUCUGAGAAUAUAAUGUUGGUGGUCAAGGUUAUAAAAUGGGAAAAUGGGAAAACAUACCCUCUCGGAGUGGUCACAAAAGUAAUUCCAGAGUGUGAUGCUUUCAAAGAAAUAUUAGAAAUUGAACUUGGUUGUGAAAACACACCUCCACCAUUCAAACUACAAGAACCUAUAGAAGAUGAGGCUUUAUCCAGGACACAAUUGUAUGAGAUUUUCACUUUCACCAUUGACCCACCUGAAGCUGAAAACCUGGAUGACGCCAUAAGUGUGAAGGAAAUUAACUCUGAUCGCUAUCAGAUUGGUAUUCACGUUACAGAUGUCGCAAGUGUCAUUCCCAAAUAUAGCGAGCAAGACAAUUUCGCUAGACAGUGCGGCAAAACAAUUUACACUCCAGAGAAGGGAGAUGUAAAUUUCUUGUUUUCAAGAGACCUAAGGAAAAACCACUUGAGUUUGGUGCCUGAUGAGGACCGUAAAGCCAUAUCCUUGCUGGUAGACGUUGACAAGAAUACAAGCCAAAUACUAAACAUGGACUUUGAUCAAACCCUGAUUAGGUCUGACAGACAGAUGUCGUAUGAAGUGGCAGACGGAAUUAUUCAGAAGUACUGCUCGGGUGACUCUGAGCCUCUGCGGUUCUCUUGCGUCGAGGAAUGUUUGGCUGUUGCUUGCCGUUUCUCAGAAGUGCACAGAAAAUACAGGCUGGAAGGCGGAUGGCUGUUUGGGAGGCGGGCGGGGCAAAGUCGCUCUCGCGUCAUGGUGGAGGAGCUAAUGAAUCUCUACAAUAGUGCCGCAGCUGAAAAACUCAUCUCUACAGACGUCACAAGAGAUCUCACCCCACUGAGGUGCCACAGGGAGCCGGACCCCGAACAACUGACUCAGUUUAAGGAGAAAUACUCUGAGCUAAUUCUCAUGUCACCUUACUUUUCAAAUAUCUGCGGAGUAGAUACCGAUAGUGAAGAGGAAGUUUGGACCAAUCCACAAUAUGAAAAUACGGACCACAACGGCAUAUCUUUUAAUAUAUUCACGUCCAUAUUUAAAAAGAUGGAAGAGUUUGCAAAGAGCAAAGACUAUUAUAAUCUGAUGCAGUUGAUUUUUACAGAUGAAAUCCAUCCCACAUUUAACCCCAUGGCGUGGGAGUUUCGUGACAUUCAGAAGAAAGCUUUCAUCCUUCGGUCAUGUUCCUCGGUGGAUUCCAGGUUGGGUCACCAUGAUUUACAGCUAAACGCUUACACAUGGGCUUCAUCUCCUAUGAGGCGUUAUCUGGACCUUAUCCUGCAGAGACUUCUGCACACCUCAAUGUCUAAAGAGAUCCUAAAGCAAGCUGACUACACUCAAGUUGAAAUCAAUGGCUUCUGCCAAUCUGGAAUGGAUGCAGAAGAGAAGCACGAUUCUCUGGUGUUGGAACUAAACAAGUUUCAGUUUCAACCCAAAGAUGUGGUGAAGCUUGCAUUGGUGUCCCAGCUCACUCCACAAGGGCAUGAUUUCACUAUAUCGUUCCCGCUACUUUCUAAUUUACACGUCAUCCCCAUCAUGUACAAGCAUCUUAAAGUUGUGGAUCAGCCAAGAUACAACAGGGAAGAUAAUUCCAUGAUACUUCAUUGGAAGAGAAGAGUGUAUUCAUUCAGAAAAUCAUUCAAGAGUUUCCAUCUGUCAAAGCCCAUGACGAAUGUGACAUCGGUGUCAAGUAACUUGUGGAAAAGACUGGUACAUGCCAUGAAACAGCAGGACUGGAUUAAUAUUGAUCAAUGCCUCCAAGACAUGAAAAAAUGUAAGAAUGAAGAAAAGGAAAGGAAUACAAGUGAGGUAUGUUUAAACAAAGCAUGCCAUUAUGAAGAACUAACCAUGGAGCUAAAGUUGGGAGCAGUUGUUCAGGUGCAGCUUGGGACUGAAUUCAAAGAUGGCUUUCCAGUUCCUGUAGUUCAACUGCUCAGUGUUAAUCAGUGUUUUGAGGUCUGUUUGGAGCACACAAGAAACCCUAUUGAUUGUUUUUCCAAAACCGUAUGCAAUGCAUCAAAGUCUUUCUAUGAGAGCUACGAAGAGUACCAGAACAUAUGGAGAAAACUAUGUAAGAUAGACACCGCUUACAAUGCUUUGGAAGAAAAUAACAGCAUCAUUUUAGAGGAUGUUCCUAUAACCUGGAGUAAAGAUGAAACAAAUCUCCAAGGGUACUUUUAUCUAAACAAGACUCAGAAAAAGGAGUGGUAUCUGGAGUUUGAUCUUAGAAACUGUUUCUUGUGCAUCAGAUUAAGAGAUCAGAAACCAGAGAAAAGUGAACCUUUGGACCUGCAGGGUUCACUACCUUUUACAUGGGUUGCACACGCAGUAACCACAAAAUCAAAGAAAGAAGACAAUCAAGACAAAAAAACAAAGAAAGAAGACAAUCAAGACAAAAUUCAUUUUCUGAUUACAAAAAGAUCUAUAGGUUACAUUCCUCCCAAUGUUUGUGAACGGGAAACAAAAUUCACCGUCGAGGUCAUUCCCAAAAAAAUUCCAUUUUUGGUCAGAGAACGUGUCAUUGAAAAGCUAAAACAGGCUAAUGACUUGGUGAAGAAUGUCGCGACUGGAAAACAUCUUAAACAGCUGAAUGCCGAUGCUUAUACAAAUAUCAGCUUAGACCAUGUGGAUGAAAGCCUGAACCUGCCAUGUCUGAAUGAGAGCCAGAAGAAAGCUGUUGAGGAGGCUGUAAGGAAACCUUUCACGGUGAUCCAGGGCCCCCCAGGUACAGGAAAAACAGUGGUUGGUAUUCACAUUGUUUACCAGUUUUUCAUGAAGAACCAGGAAUUUCUGGCCUCUUUCAAAUCAACCCCUGGUGAGAAACCCUCAAAAAAGCCUGCCAUCCUCUACUGCGGACCUUCCAACAAAUCUGUGGACAUUGUUGCAGAGCAGUUGCUGAAACUCAAGGGAGUCCUAAAGCCUCUGAGAAUCUACUGUGACCAGAUGGAAAUGCGUGAAUUUCCAUAUACAGGCAGUGAUCUAAAGCUUUGCCGCAAAUCACUCCGUGAUGAAAAACCAAAAGAGGAGCUCAGGGAUAUUACACUGAUGUAUCUUGUUCGUGAACCUAAAAAUGAUUCCUCAGAAGAAAUAAAUAACUUUGAAAAUCACAUGGAUGAUAUAGACGUUUACAGGAAACGGCUGAAGGAAGCUCACAAGCGUGAGAUUGAGAAGUAUGAUGUAGUGCUAUGCACCUGCUCAACAGCGCUGAAACCUGAAAUCCUGGCGGUCAUGGAUUUUCAGCAAAUCAUCAUUGAUGAAUGUGCCAUGGCGACAGAACCAGAGGCCUUCAUCCCUUUAGUUUCCUACAGUCCAAGACAGAUAGUUUUGCUGGGCGAUCACCGACAGAUACGGCCGAUAGUGCAGUGCGCCCUCUUGAAAAAUAUGGGCAUGCAGCAGUCUCUGUUUGAACGCUACAUGGAUCUGGCCAAAAUGCUGGAGACACAGUACAGAAUGCAUGAAGACAUUUGCAGGUUUCCUUCAGAAGAAUUUUACGAAGGCAAACUGAAAACCGGAGCUGAACGAGGGCCCUGCUAUCUGCUUAACGAUCGUGGAAGGCCAACGGCGAUCCUGUUUGGCCACGUGCAAGGAAAAGAAGACAGCUUAGUGGUGUCUACAAAAGAAGGCAAUGAGAACUCCGUGGCCAACAUUAAGGAGGCAGAGCAGGCUGUCCGUGUGGCAAGACUGUUGAUUGAACAGUCAGGUGUGAAACCCGAGCAUAUUACGAUUCUGACCCCGUACAACGCACAGGUGUCCGAGAUCAAAAGGAUGUUAGAGAAGAAGCAUCUCGCGAAUGUCUCUGUUUGCACAAUCAUGAAAAGCCAAGGAAGUGAGUGGCCGUAUGUCAUCCUGUCUACCGUGCGCUCCUGCUCCAUAUCUGCUAUAGGAAGUGGCAGACCAAGUAAAGCCUGGCUAGGAAAAAGACUGGGAUUCAUUACUGAUCCAAAUCAGGUCAAUGUCGCCAUAACUCGUGCUCAGGAUGGGCUGGUUAUUCUGGGUAAUAGUGCCCUGUUGAGAUGCUGUGAACUUUGGGAAAGACUCCUGCGUCAUUAUUGCGACAAACACUGUCUCGUGGAUCCGGCGAGUGACAUUAAAGUCCAAAACACAAUGUCAGCAGCCAAAAAGUAGUUACCCAAAUCCAAACCUUUGACAGACACCUUGCUGCUUAUAUAAAAAGUUACGCAGGAAACAAUGCUGUUCUUCAUGUUGAAACCCCAGCCAUAGACUGUGGAGCCCAUCUGUCUCUGUUUGUCAUGUUAGAGUAGGGGCGUAAAGGGGAAAGACAGCAUGUGCUUCAUACGCAGCAAGCGUCUGGUAGGUUCUUGCCGUCCUGUCGGCAGACUAGCUUCUCCGGCCUUCAUCUCCCCCUUCUGGUGGACUUUGAGCAGCACAUGAAGCUCUUGACUGUCUGCAAGCGUCCAUCUUCCAAGCAUCGUCAUGCUAUGGCUUUCUUGCAGGAUGUCUUUUGGAAACGUAAUAUUUAUUCUAAAGAUGUAGUGCAUAAAAACAGCUGCUGCCUUUUGGAGGAUGCACAGAUAUUCGGGAUUCCCACGCUUUUGAGAAAUCUCUUUCGAUCGCAGUGCAAAAAAAGUGAGGGUGCUGGGUUCGUGACUCGUGAGGCGGUCGUGGCCUAAUGGUCAGACUUGCAACACAAAGGUCGUGGGUUCGAGCCCUGGCCUGGAUUGUAUGAAUGAUAAUCGCUCUCUUUCACCCUCAAUACCUCGACUGAGGUGAGACCCUUGAGCAAGGCACUGAACCCCACUGCAGACAAUUGCUUAUCUUAGUAUCUCUGUCUCGUUUCUUAAACCAAUCCUCAAAGCUGCAGUCCACAACUUUUUGAAAAUGUACUGAAUAUAUAAAUAAAUGAGUGCACCACGAAUCCAUUUUCCAAACCCUAUAAGUCGGCCACAGUCGCUAUUAACCACUGGAGCACCAAAAGUUACGCUUUAAAUCAAGAUACAUUUACAUUUUAGAGAAUUUGGCAGACAGUUUUUUAUGCAAAGGUCAAGCGAUUCAGUAGGUCAAGUCUAAAAGUUACGCUUAAGUAUAAUAUACUUUAUUAUAUAAUGAUUACAAAUUAAUACGUUUUAUGAACCAACAUGGAAGACUUUUUAGUAUAAUGCAUAUAGUACAAAAAUGUUCUCUACAUCAGUAUGAUGAUAUACACACUUUAGGCUAAAACAGUACUUCAUCUGAGCUUUACUGAAAGUUUUGCGAACAUUUCUGCACUGCCCAAGAAAACCAUUCAUUUGUUGCCACUGUAGCAUGUUGAUACUACGGAUCACAUUCAGGAAAAUACAUUUUGAGGAAUGUGUUGUUUAUGGUAUCAAUCGUUUUUUAAUGACUACAGUCGGGCUACCGUGGGUCUCGUGGUUAACUGAAACUCUGCUUCAUGUUGUGUCCUCAACUGAAACACGCCAAUUGAAUUAAAACAUGAAAACCAGGCACUCUUCUUGUGCCUAAAACCCGUUGUAUGAUCACAACACCAUUUGCCCCUGAUUGCUUCGCUUUGCUCUUCAUUUGGGCCAGAUUUACAUGCUCCCGUGAUCUCUCUCUGUGUGUCAUUGAGAUGCAGCGAGUGGCUCUUUCUGGCAGACUCUGUAAUGGGGCUGUCAUACGGCCGAUGCUCUGUGAGCGUGCGCAUUAUACAUCGAGCCGAGAAAUGCUGUCUUGAUCACACUGAAGCAUCCGUGUGGGGAAAAAAUGGAGGUGAACCCGCCCACUCUCUCGCGAAACACUUUGCAGAAUUAAACUUCAGGACUUUAGCUUCGACAAAGUAUGCAUCCGGACAUUUAUGCUUUUGAUAAGUUCGUGUCAAAGAAGAAUACAGAUUUCAGAUUUAUCCAACAGACAAACAGAAUGCCGUUUGGUUUUAUAAUGAUUUAAGCUAUUGACAAAAUACUUUUGGCCUGAGAAUCUGAUCGCAUCUUAAAUCACAUUAUACGGAAAAAACGGCAUUUGCUUCUGAGAAAACCUAUUUUUGGAAGACCUUCAUAGCAUGCAAAUAAUCAUUCAAUAUAUAGCUUAGACUCUCUUAACAAAAAAAGGCAUGCUACAAACCCCUUUUACAUCUAGUACACAAAGAUAUAACUUUUGUAUCUUCGGGCAGUUUACUUUUUUCUCAUUGUGCACACCGACCGCAAGAACAGUGACUUUCAAAUAUUCAUCACGAGCUUUAGUCACCAUUAAAUCAACACACUGUUUAAUAUGCAUAUGAGAAUAAAUGUUUAAUGAGGUCUGGACGAGUGUUCAAAAUCAGUGCUAAAGACACGAUGAAUCAUGAUAGUUAGAAACAGAUUAGUUUAAACCUAUUAUACUUGUCUUGAUUGGUCUCAACACAAGGGUCAACAGAUUUCACCUACCUGGGCAUUGCUCAAGAGACUCUCUGUUACUGCAGGCUCGUUUGUACCGUUCCCCAGACAAACUACAAAUAAGUUUAAAAAGGGUCCAAAAAACUCCAGCAGUGUUUCACAUUGCGUGAGACGACCCUGAGGACCCAACACUUGUCACAAGUGCUCAGUGCUUGGCUUGCUUACAAAUUUGUAGACUUUUAUUCCCAAACUCAUGUCCAUUAUAAUCGCUGAUUGACCUUGCAUGACAUUUCCUAUGGAUUUUCCCCUCGUCGGCGGGAGUUAAUUAACUCGUGGAAAGCCCUCUGGUGAUGUUGCGCUGCGGUCGGCUCUCUGCGACUUCGUUCAGGACUAAUCUGUGUAAAAUGGGCGGUUUGUGCCAAGAAAGACUCAAGGUUGUGCUGGGAUUUCGCGAACCUGAUGCCAGUGCUACGCAACGCAUCGCAAACAACUCCAAUCAAAUGAAAGCUGGGACGAAUUUCAGCAAGACAAAUGGGUCCCAGAUUCACGGAAGGCGGGUCUUACUUGAUACAGAGCAAUGUAUGCAAGUGCUGUUGAACUAGGGGAAAUGCAAUCAGUCUAUCUAACUCUAAAGGGACAUCUGUGGAUUUAAACAGAUGUCUGUGAGAUUGCAGGACUGACGUUGACUCCUUUGGGACGUUUGCCUGAAAUGCUAUUGUAAUUACGUGCAAAAUAGAAUCCAUUAUGAUUUC